CCACCAGUUUUUGCAACUAUUUGACCCUAACAUCGUCUGUAGAGAUGGUGGAAGGACCAGGUUGUACUCUAAAUGGAGAGAAAAUUCGGAAGCGAGUGCGUCCGGGCCAAGUGGUGACUGGAAUGCGCGGAAGCGCCCUGUUGAGUCUGGAGGGCCCGGCGUGGCCUCGCGCAGCCUCCGUGGCUGGAGUCUCUCUUCAGGCUGCCGCAAUGAGUAACAAAAAGAAUUCCUUGAGUCUGCUUAAUGGAUGUGUUUACAGUGGUGUAGAAACUCUGGGGAAGGAGCUCUUUCUGUACUUUGGCACCAAAGCUUUACGGAUUCAUUUUGGAGUGAAAGGUUCCAUCUUGAUUAAUCCACACUUACAUAAAAACAACACUGGAACUGCUCCUGUAUUUGAAGUCCAGCUCACCAACGAUAUGAUUUGUAUCUUUGACUCUUCAGUGGAAGUCAGAAACUCAAAGGAAAGCCAACACAGAGUAAAAACAAUGGAAGAAUUAGAUGUGUGUUCACCUAAAUUCAGUUUCUCAAGAGCAGAAAGUGAGAUGAAAAAGCAGAAAGGGCGAAUGUUAUGUGACGUGUUACUGGAUCAGAAAGUGUUGCCUGGCGUCGGGAAUAUAAUCAAAAAUGAAGCUCUCUUUGACAGUGGUUUCCACCCAGCUGUUAAAGUCUGUCAGCUAUCAGAUGAACAGACUCAUUACCUUGUGAAGAUGACCCGUGACUUCAGCAUUCUCUUUUACAGGUGCCAUAAAUCAGGAUCUGCCAUCUCUAAACACUACAAGGUUUAUAAGCGUCCUAAUUGUGGUCAGUGCCACUGCAAAAUUACUGUGUGUCGCUUAGGGGAGAAUAAUAGGAUGACAUAUUUUUGUUCUCACUGUCAAAAAGAAAACCCUCAACAUGUUGAUAUAUGCACACUGCCAAUCAGAAAUCUUUUAGUCCACUGGACAUCUAGCAAAGAGGAGCUUUUGAUGGACACAAUGGCUCAGAAAUCUGAAGAGCAGUGGGCCUGUGUUGUCUGUACUCUAAUAAACAAACCUUCUGCCAAGGUCUGCGAGACUUGCUUGACUUCAAGGCCUGUUGAUUCAUUGCUGAAGAAUGAAGAAGAUUCUGUUGCCUUUAACAGCUUAGUGAAGUACCCUUGUAAUAGUUUUGGGAAAACUCAUGCGGAAGUAAAGAUCAAUAGGAAAACUGUCUUUGGAAAUACCACCCUGCUAUUGACAGAUUUUAGCAAUAAAUCCAGUAAUUUGGAAAGAAGAAAAAGCCAAAACCAGAUACUACAUGGGGAAUUUCAAAACAUUCUUUCUUCAAAUGAGUGUCUUUAUGAUACACAGCACCACUCCAAGGAGAGAACAAACUGUGUAAUGCAGCAACCCAACAAAGUAAACAUAUCACCUGCACUUUGCUCUCCAUCUGAAUUAUUUAGUCCAGCACAUAAAAAAUUGAAAAUAGCCUACCAUUCACCAACAGAUCCCACAAGUUACAACUCAGGAUUUACUAACAGUGGACUCCAGAUUAAUAUGGCAGAUCACCCGAGUUCUUUAAAUGCUCGUGUUCCUCAUUGCAGUAAACACAAGCGCCUCUGUGUUCUCCGAGUUGUGAAGAAGGAUGGUGAAAACAAGGGAAGGCAGUUUUAUGCCUGUCCUCUACCCCAAGAGGCACAAUGUGGAUUUUUUGAAUGGGCAGAUUUGUCUUUUCCAUUCUGCAGCCAUGGCAAGCGCUCCAUUAUGAGAACAGUAUUGAAGAUUGGACCUAAUAAUGGAAGGAAAUUUUUUGUAUGUCCUUUUGAGAAGGAAAAACAGUGUAAUUUUUUUCAAUGGGCAGAAAAUGGGCCAGGCAUUAAUAUUAUUCCAGAAUGCUAAUACUUUCUCAAACUUUUCAUAGUGUUUAGUCCCCCAUUUUAGUAAAAGGGUUGUAGAAUAUCUGAGACAUGUAAAUUAUAUCACUGUACUAUUUGAGAACCAUUCUUUUUAUUUCUAAUGUGUGCUAUCUUCCUA